CAUGUAGCUGAGGAGCUCCAGGACCUGCUCCAGUGGCUAAUGGGAGCACCAGCUGGACUGAAAAUGAACCGAGCUUUGGAUCAGGUUUUGGGACGCUUCUUCCUUUACCACAUCCAUCUUUGGAUUAGCUACAUUCACUUGAUGUCCCCAUUCAUUGAGAUGAUCCUCUGGUAUGUCGGUCUGUCGGCUUGUCUGGGCCUGACUGUGGCUCUCUGCAUCCUCUCUGACAUCAUUGCCCUUCUGACUUUCCAUAUCUACUGCUUCUAUGUCUACGGAGCCAGGCUCUACUGCCUGAAGAUUUACGGCCUGUCAUCUCUCUGGCGCUUGUUCCGUGGGAAGAAGUGGAAUGUCCUCCGGCAGCGGGUGGAUUCCUGCUCCUAUGACUUGGACCAGUUAUUUAUUGGCACUUUGCUAUUUACAAUCCUGCUGUUCCUCCUGCCUACAACUGCACUGUAUUAUUUGGUGUUUACCCUGCUCCGUUUGCUGGUGGUGAUUGUGCAAGGCCUAAUACACUUGCUGGUUGACCUGAUUGACUCUCUGCCUCUUUAUUCAAUCAUCCUUCGGCUCUGCAGGUCCUACAGACUCGCAGCUGGUGUGAAGUUCAGAGUCCUUGAGCAGCAGGAUGGAAAACCUCUUCGACUCCUUAUGCAG